AUGGAACAAAUGAAGGAGAGAUUUGUUAAAUUGCUAUUGGGGGAGGAUAUGUCUAGUGGAGGAAAGGGUGUUUCAUCAGCUCUGGCACUGUCAAGUGCAUUCCCAAACCUUGCUGCUGCUGUUUUUUGUGAACAAAAGUGCCUAGAGCCGAUGCUUCCCGAGAGGAAAGCCAGAUGGAGAAAGGAAAUCGAUUGGCUUCUAUCAGUGACAGAUUAUGUUGUUGAGAUGGUUCAUACUCAACAAAAAUCAAAAGAUGGAUCCAGCAUGGAGAUUAAGACUAUGCGACAACAAACGGAUCUCCAUAUGAAUAUCCCUGCCUUAAGAAAGCUUGACAACAUGCUUAUUAUAAAGACAGUUCAAAGAGAAAAAAUGAUGACAAGUGCUACACCUAAGGUUCCUGCAGAGGGUUUAUCUGAUGCGGUGAGAAGGUUUCUGCAGUAUCAAAAAGAUUUUAUGAAUCAAGUACUUAAAGAAGCGAUGGCCAUAAAUGCACAAACCCUAUUGGAGAUGGAGAUCCCUGAAAGCUAUAUUGAACCCCUACCCAAGAACUCUGUUUAUAUACAACAGAGUUGUGUGUCGCCAAGUAGUGUUUAG